AAAAUUAACAUUACAUGUACAACAAUGGCUAGGAAACCACAUAUUUUAAUAAUUUUAACUUUGUAUUGUUUUUCCUCAACAGAAGCAGUUUUUUCUCAAAAUAAGAAUACUACAACAGAAAUCAAUGAUGGCGAAGCAUGCGUCAAAGGACAAUUAUACAAGAAGGACUGUAAUAGUUGUCACUGCAUUUUUGGUUCGCAUUUAGUGUGUACCAAAAUGGGUUGCUUGAGACAAUCCGAGGACCAACGGAAGUCUACCAAACAUAUCUGUGUGCCGGGGAAGUUCUAUAGGGAUGGGUGUAAAAGAUGCUUUUGUAGUGAGGAGGAGCGGCUGCUUUGUGGUCCUGCAGACUGCAAUACAGUUAGUAAACUACCAACCACACACGAGGCCAUCCAUUACCACAGUAAAUAUUCUCCUUCGCAACAACACAACCUCCCUCUUCUGAAGCACAGAUCCUCCGAAUGUACCCCCGGAUCGUCUUAUCGUGUCGACUGCAACACCUGUCUCUGUCUCGCUAAUGGGAACCUUCAGUGUGGCCAGCUGCUCUGUCCUAGUCAUGAUGAUGUGCACAGAGUUAAGGCGAAAGCUUUGUCAGGCCAACCAUGCGACGACCUUGACAUUAUAGAUAAAAAUCUGGAGUGCGUGCUAUGUCAAUGCGUAGGCGGCACCAAUGUGUGCCAAGCGAAACCCAACUGUCUGCCAGCCAAGAAGCAUGAACCGAUCGAGGAGAACUCAGGGAAGGAAUGUACCCCAGGGAUGAUAUAUAGGCGAUCCUGCAACAAGUGUUUCUGCACAGAAACCCACAGUCUCCGAUGCACAAUGAAGAGUUGCCUCAACAAAGCGCAAGUCAGCCAUUCUCACAGGAUACGGAAGCACUGGGUAGACUAUACAUUGCGAAAGGCAGGAAGGAAACGUCUUUUGAGUGUCGGCGUCUAUGUCAGCGAUAUGGAAAAUGUUGCGUCCAGCAGCAGCCCGAUAAUUGCAAUUGAUUGUGAAACCAUGGUGAAGCUAGGACUGGUGGUGGUUGCGGCAAUUUGCUGUCUAGCUGUUAUUGAGGCUUUGCUGGCUCACCGCAGGCAAAGCAGGACAAACACUACAAAGAGUCAAGUCCUAGAAGAGGUGAAUAACAAAUGCACACCGGGAAAGUUCUAUAAGAGGGGUUGCAAGAGGUGCUUCUGCGAUGACAAGCAGAGGCCCGUAUGUGGAAAUACUGCGGACUGCAAGUUGGCUAAUAAGUACCCAACAAAACCCAAUUUCCUCCGCUCCUACUCUUUCUUAGAGCUCCAGCAACUGCCAUCACUACCACAUCAGUCAGCCAACUGCACGUCUGGAGUCACUUAUCGAGUCGACUGUGACGCAUGCAUUUGCCUCGCAAAUAAGAAUCUUAUGUGUAACGAUCUACUAUGUCCAAGCUAUGAGGAUAUUAAUAGGAUUCUGGCUAAAGAUUUGACUGGAAAUAAAUGUGAAGUGGGCAGAAACAUGACCCAGGAUUGCAUCUCAUGUUCUUGCAUCAAAGGCCUACUUAAGUGUGAAGCCCUGUCUAACUGCACUCCAAACGGGAGGAGAGACAUUCAGUAUGAAGCACCUCUGGACCUGGAUAUGAAAGAGAACCGUCAGUGUUCGAAGGGAAUGGUCUAUAAGCGCGACUGUAACCGCUGCUACUGCCAGAAGGAUAACACCCUCCGCUGCACCCUGAUGCGGUGCUUGAAGCACACCGAGGUGCAGCGGCUGAAGAAGCUGCGCUCACAACUGGAGAGAGACGGGCUUUGAACGCAACGAUUAAACAUGUUUAGCAAUAUAUUCGUUAUUAAACCGAUUAAAGGUUA